GUCAUUUUGGUUCCCGAUGCACCGUAAAUACGACGAAAAACGUGUUUUUACGAUUUCUACCAACAAUUUGUAAAAGUAAUGGGUGAAACAAUGGGUGACGGGAAACGUUUCCUGGAGGGAUUGAUUCUCCGAGCAGAGGACGUACUGGGCAAGAUGAUUUACAAGAUGCACCAUACCGAAGUACCGCUGGAGGAAAUGGUCCCCUGGAUCAAUUCGGUGUAUGCAUUCGUAAAUGCUUGGGAGGCACCUCUGCAGGAUAUAAAAAUUGACCAACUGAAGUUGGACGCGGCUGCCUCGUUCAAUUGCAGUAGCACCCGUUCCGCCGAGGAUGCUUUGAUCGAGGAAGUGAACCAACAGCUGGAUGGUAGCAAUAAUCAAAAAGGGAUGAGGGGUGAUGACGACGACGGAGAAUCGGUUUCUCCGGUUGAUAGUAAUAAACAGCAGCAUCAGCAGCAGCAUCACCAACGUACGCUAGGUUGCGUACGACGCCCCGAGGAGGCAGAGCCGGUGUUCGAGUUUCUCGAACGAUCGCUGAAGGACUACAAAAUCAACCGAACGGGACGUUGCGUCGUUUCUUGUCAGGGCACCGCUUCACGAUCUUUCUGUAUGGUCGAUAGAGACAACCACGAUUGUACUAAACUGAUCGCAGCGUUGCAAAAUUGCCGCGGAACGAAGCUUACACAGCUUCCGCGAGCGGAUCAGGUUUUUGGCGUUUACCUGGAUGGCCCUCUGUUCCGAGCCGUUCGCAAUAAGCAAUUAGAGGAUUCAGCACUGAAGUUUGACUACAUCCGGUUGCUGGACACCGGAGAGAUUCUACCAUACGACAAUUCCAUGAUGCUCUGCAGUCUAUCCGAGUACUACCAGAAGCUGCCGGCAUUCGCCAUUCGUUGCAUUCUCGUCAACAUCUUGGACGAUCCAUUCUGCGACGAUCUAGAUCAGUAUAUCAAAAAUGCUUUGCACACCACCCAACAUUACAAGGUGGUUUCCGUCGAAGGAGCUAUUCUGUUUCUCAAACUAAGCCAACAACCGAUUUUGCUUACCAGCAAAUCGCUGCGGUUACCGCGCACGGAUUCUUCAACUGACACCACACCCACCAAACCGAUCCGAAUCAAACCAAGAAAAACAAAACCUUUUCCAUCGCGUAUGGCUUUUUUCAAACCGGACCAGUUGGAACCAGCCAGCAGCUCGCACAAGGUUCGGAUGCCGACGGCAUCCGUCAACGAAGCGGAACCAAUCUGUCCAUUCUCCAGCUCGCUAACUUCCACCUGUGCCAAAGGAGCGCACAGCAAGGACGAACAGAUUCCGGAGACCACACCAUCCAGCUCACCGGACUUUACGACCGAAGAACCCUAUCGCUUCUUUCAGAACGAUCCGUCCGAUUCGACCACCGCCACGGGCGACCAACUGGUCGUUCCUCCCGUCGGUUCCAUGGUCAAUAUUGUGGUAAAGUUCAUCAAGGAUGUCGAACACUUCUGGUGUCACGUGGUCUCGCCGGAUUCCACCGACACCGACCUGAUGGAACUGGAGCUGAAGCUAAACUCACCGGAAUACACGAUGCACUACCGCAGGUUGACGGAUCCACCGGCAUUCUGCCAGCGUGUUUUCGCCAAGUACACGGACAAACGCUGGUACCGAGCCGAAGUGGCCGAGUACUUCGACCAGCGAAAUGUGCUGGUUUUCUAUGUGGACUACGGCAACGCGGAGUUGGUUCGGAUGGACCACAUUCGCGAGUGGGACGAAAAGUUUAGCUAUUUACCGUACCAGGCGGUAUACUGUCGGUUGGCAAACGUGUGCCGCGUUAAGCCACAUCACAAGCCCGCGGUGGUUGAGAUGAACCGAACCCUGCUGAAUCAGCGUCUCCUGGCGAGGAUUGAAAACAACCAAACACCGUGGGAAGUUUCGAUCUACGACAAGGAUGGAUUCGAUUUUUCCGUUGCGUUGCUAAUGGCCGGUUUGGCUAAAAAGGUUGAGGAAAAGAUUACCGAUUCAUCGGACUCCGCUCGGCAAAAUACCGACAUCGAAGAUAAUUUUGAUGAAGACGAUGAAAUGCGCAAUCCAGUUAUUGCUCCUGCUUAAACUAUGUU